AAUGCUACAUAAAAUGCUAUUACAACACCUUUAUAUUUUUCCACAUUGUGGCGAAAAAAAGGCAUCACGUCUGUGUCUGCUUUAGAUUCUGUUAGUUGAACUUGCUAAAUGUGCGUUUACUUUGAAAACAGAAAACGGUACCCAGAAGUAGAACCUCCGGACACAGUCGCUUUCUUACAAGGAUUUGAUACCGGAAACUUUAACGCUGAUGAAAGUUCCACUUGUCCUUACUUUAGUGCAUUAAACCGAGCUUCCGUCACUUCUUUAGUGUGUUAAGAAGUCGUCAACGACUUAUUUUAAAGCGCUUCUAGUCUAUAGUGCUUGAAUUGCAUCUCCUAGCGUCGCGAGUAUGUAUUCAAAUUUGAGCCUCGUGCAAAGCAUUUUGUCCAGCCUUAAGUCGUGUCAGGCCAACCUUCUCACGGGAAUGGACGACGUCAUGUCUGUGGCCGUGGACCUGGCGGAGGACCUCGGUGGAGAGGGGGACUCUGGUAUCACCGAAAUGGAGGCCCUCAUGUUGCAGUGUGCCAAGUUAGACAGAGAAAUUGACUGCUUUGUUGAGACUGUGCAACAAGCCACAGUGGAGGUGACUGAACAUCAACAAGAGGCAUUGUUUUCCAUCAGUUCCAGAGUGAAGAAGAACUUCACAGAAAAAAUUGCUCAACUAUCUGACACAGACGUGCAGACUCACCAGAAAAUAGAUGCUUUUCGGGAACGCAUCAAGAGUUCUUGCAACCAACGUACAGCAGUACUUGCCAGUCAAGAGUCUGAGAACAUGGAGGAGAUUGACGAUGAUCUUGCUGUGACGCAGACCCAAGUCAUCUUCACCUGCCCUCUCACCCAGGUGGAUAUGGUCAACCCGAUGAAGAAUAAGAAGUGUAACCACCAUUACGACGAAAACCCCAUCAAAAUCCUCAUUGAAACAAGACGCAAUCAGAAGAAGAAGUGCUGGUGCCCUGUGGCGGGUUGUGGAAACAAAGAUGUGCGAGUGUCAGACCUGGUUCCUGACCACAAUCUGAAGAGACAGAUCUUGGAGCAAAAGAGCAAUGGCAUAAAGAACUCCACACAUUCAUUGGACAUGUUUAUCACAAAGCUAUGAUGUGCUUUCCAUUAUUGUUUUGCAAAUAAUUCAUAAAAUUCCCCAUUUCCGCAAGAAAUACACCCAUUAAGCAAUAUUUGCCUGUUGAUAAUUUCUUUUGUUUGAAUAUUUUUGGAUUUGUAUUUCCACAUGAUACUGUGGUGAUUUUCCAGUAUUAUUGAUUUAGAAUAAAAGUUAUUUGUAUAUAAAAUA